GUUAAAAAAGCAAUUCUAAAAACUAUUUCGCAAAAGACCAGCGCUGAGUGCGAAGGAAAAAGCUACUCACUCGUCUUCUGUCUUGUAAAUUUGUUCCAGACAAAUCCAUACAAAAUAAAGAACUACGAUUCGUGGUCGUUAGAACGUUUAGAAUUAGAAGAGAAUAAUUUGUGUUCUUUAACAAGAAAAAACAAAAAUAAAAUUCCAAGUAAAAUUUAUUUGCGUCGAGUGUCGAAAUGUCUGCCGAACGGGAAAUCCCUGCGGAGGACAGCAUCAGGGUGGUGUGUCGUUUCCGACCGCUCAACGACAGCGAGGAAAAAGCUGGAUCCAAGUUCGUCGUGAAGUUUCCCAAUAGCACCGAAGAAAAUUGCAUUUCUAUUGCUGGAAAAGUUUAUUUGUUUGACAAAGUUUUCAAGCCAAAUGCAUCGCAAGAGAAAGUUUUCAAUGAGUCAGCCAAGUCGAUUGUCACUGAUGUCCUUGCCGGUUAUAACGGCACAAUUUUUGCCUAUGGCCAGACAUCGUCUGGUAAAACCCACACCAUGGAGGGUGUUAUUGGCGAUCCCGUCAAACAGGGAAUCAUUCCGCGUAUCGUCAAUGACAUCUUCAAUCACAUCUACACAAUGGAAAUGAAUCUUGAGUUCCACAUCAAAGUUUCAUACUAUGAAAUUUACAUGGACAAAAUUCGUGAUCUCUUAGACGUGUCUAAAGUUAAUUUGAGUGUGCAUGAGGAUAAGAAUCGUGUGCCGUACGUUAAGGGUGCCACUGAGAGGUUCGUUUCGAGUCCCGAGGAUGUCUUUGAAGUUAUCGAGGAGGGAAAAUCGAAUCGACAUAUUGCUGUCACAAACAUGAACGAGCAUUCAUCACGUUCUCACUCAGUCUUUUUGAUCAAUGUAAAGCAGGAGAAUUUGGAGAAUCAAAAGAAGCUUUCUGGUAAAUUGUACUUGGUGGAUUUGGCUGGUUCUGAGAAGGUUUCAAAAACCGGUGCCGAAGGUACAGUCCUGGACGAGGCAAAGAACAUCAACAAGUCACUUUCUGCUCUUGGUAAUGUUAUAUCAGCCUUGGCUGAUGGAAACAAGACGCAUAUUCCGUAUCGUGACUCGAAGUUGACGAGAAUUUUGCAGGAGUCCCUUGGAGGUAACGCCAGAACGACAAUUGUGAUCUGUUGCUCGCCGGCCAGUUUCAAUGAGUCCGAAACGAAGUCCACCCUGGACUUUGGUCGUCGCGCCAAGACUGUGAAGAAUGUUGUUUGUGUCAAUGAGGAGCUGACGGCCGAAGAGUGGAAGCGCCGCUACGAAAAAGAGAAGGAGAAGAAUGCCCGUCUCAAGGGCAAGGUUGAGAAACUCGAGUUGGAGCUGGCCAGGUGGCGUGCUGGCGAGACUGUGAAUGCUGAGGAGCAAAUAAAUAUGGAAGACAUUAUGGAAGCGAGUACACCAAAUCUGGAAGUGGAGGUUGGCGAAACUACCCCAGUGCCGGCAACACCGGCUGCCAACCUGACGGCUAUGAUCGGCUCCAUCAGUGGCGACGAACGUGCUCGUCUCGAGGCCGAAAGGGAGAGGCUCUACCAGCAGCUGGAUGAAAAGGACGAGGAGAUCAACCAACAGAGUCAGUACGUGGAGAAUUUGAAGGACCAGAUCCUGGAGCAAGAGGAUUUGAUUGCGAAUGCUCGUCGUGAGUACGAAGCUCUGCAAUCUGAAAUGGCGAGGAUACAGCAGGAGAACGAGAGCGCAAAGGAGGAGGUCAAGGAGGUGCUACAGGCCCUGGAGGAGCUGGCGGUCAACUACGACCAGAAGUCCCAGGAGAUCGACAACAAGAACAAGGAGUUCGACACUCUCAGUGAGGAGCUCCAGACCAAGCAAACUCUCCUUAAUACCACGACUUCCGAGCUGCAGCAGCUGAAGGACAUGUCGGCGCACCAGAAGAAGCGCAUCAACGAGAUGUUGACGAAUCUCCUGCGCGAUUUGGCCGAGGUCGGACAGGCUCUGUCCACCGACAACUCAAUCGAUAUGAAACUCAACACAGUCGAUUCAGCUGGCAAGGUCGAAGAAGAGUUCACAAUGGCUCGUCUGUAUAUCAGCAAAAUGAAGACCGAGGCAAAGAACAUGGCCCUCCGGUGCUCCAACAUGGAGACCCAACAAGUGGAUUCAAACAAAAAGCUUUCCGAAUACGAGAAGGACCUCGGAGAGUACAGACUACUUAUUUCACAACACGAGGCACGCAUGAAGUCGCUGCAGGAAUCGAUGCGAGAGGCAGAGAACAAGAAACGCACCCUCGAAGAACAGAUCGACUCACUGCGCGAAGAAUGUGCCAAACUGAAGGCCGCCGAGCACGUGUCAGCUGUGAAUGCCGAAGAGAAACAGAAGGCCGAACAAUUGCGUUCCAUGUUCGAUGGUCAAAUGGACGAACUUCGCGAUGCUCACACCAAACAAGUCGCCGAACUACGUGACGAAAUCCUGUCCAAGCAACAUGAGAUGAACGAAAUGAAGGACGUCCAUCAGAAGCUUAUCCUUGCCCAUCAACAGAUGACAGCCGACUAUGAGAAACUCAAGCAAGAGGAAGCCGACAAAUCGUCCCGCCUCCAGGACAUCAUCCUCACAAACGAACGACGCGAACAGGCGCGCAAAGAUCUCAAAGGCCUAGAAGACACCGUGGCCAAGGAACUCCAGACCCUGCACAAUUUGCGCAAACUUUUCGUACAAGAUCUGCAGGCUCGCAUCAAAAAAUCCGUCACCAAUGAGGACAGCGAAGAAGACGGCGGCUCUCUGGCCCAGAAACAAAAGAUUUCAUUCCUCGAAAAUAACCUCGAUCAACUGACCAAAGUGCAUAAGCAAUUGGUGCGUGACAACGCCGAUCUGCGUUGCGAAUUGCCCAAACUCGAGAAACGUCUCCGCACCACAAUGGAACGCGUCAAAGCGCUCGAAACCGCACUCAAAGAGGCUAAGGAGGGCGCUAUGCGCGACCGCAAACGCUACCAAUACGAAGUUGACCGCAUCAAGGAAGCCGUCCGACAAAAGCACCUCGGCCGACGAGGACCACAGGCGCAAAUCGCCAAACCCAUCCGUGCUGGUCAGGGAAAUAUUGCAAUCCGCGGCGGUGGCGGCGUGGGACAGCUCCAACAAGCAAACCCAGUUAGCUCGUAAAUAAUAUGCAAUUAAAUAAUAAAAACAAAUUAUAAUAAACAUACAAAAAAAUAUUAUUAUACAUAAAUAAUUAUAUACAUAAAAACAUAUUUAUUUACAAAAAACAACAACAAAACAAAGCAACAAACAAUAGAAAAUAGUUUUUGAAAAAUUAAAAAAAUAAAAAUAAUCCAAAUUUCAAAAAAUUCACAUCAAACAACAAAAACAAAAGCGAAAAUAAGAGAAACAUGAGUUUAAAAAAAUCACAUCCAAUCCAAUUCAAUCCUAAAUCCAGUGAAAUGAUGUUCCAAGGAAGAAAGAAUCAUUCAAGCAAACGAUAAUAAAUGUUGCUUAAUUCAAAAAGGGAACGACGACACGUUACCUUCGACGACGAACAGAACAAGAAUUGAGGAACUCAACAGCGAUAGCUUUAGCGUUAAAGUCACAGCUCAUUGCACUCCACUCCACUUGGCUUUUGUAUUUUUUAACUAAACGACAGGUGUACUUGCAGAUAGUUUGUUCAUUUAAACAAAAAGAAGGCAAAACAACAACAAAAAGCAAAACUAAUGGAUUAAUGUUUGGUGUGUAUAGUUAAUUUCGUUUUAUACUAUUUUUCUUUUUUUGUUUUAAGACGAUCCAAAGAGUUGCGCAAUUAAAUUGUGCCGGUCUCUCUCUCUGCCUUUUGUGUAUUAUUUGUUAUACUUUUUUUUUUAAAAAGAAAAUUUAUUUGUAAUAAAAAAGGUUUAAUUUAAAAAAAAAGAAAGGCUUUGAAAUGAAUGAACAAAAAAGUCCUCAAAUACAAAAAUAAGAACAACAAAAAUGGAAACAGUAAAAGAAACAGAGACUAUGAGGAGAUGAUCUCAUAUAAAUGUGAAAGUGAUGAUGAAUAGAAGCCACAAUAAUGACAAGACCAACGACAAGCUUCAAGAAUUCAACAACAAAACAAAAACAGACACAUACAUUUUCUUCUCCUCUAUGCCACUCCACUUCCAAACGUCCUCACUUUAAACAUUUCAUACUACACAGCACAUGAAUGCUCAGGUCUUUGAAAUUGAAAGACAUUGCGCUGUAAACAUUCAAAAUUUGGGUCACCGCAUUUUCUAGUAGUUGAGGUUAUAGGACUUGUCUUUUUGUUUAUUCAAUAAACAAAAAUAACACAAAACUUAAGGGCAUCCCAUCAUAGAGUAAAAGAAAAUAUGCGGAAGUUUGUUUUAUGCAUUCUCAAAGAGUGUGUGUACACGUCGUAAAAUUCAUUGAUGCUUCUGGUUCUGAUUCUGUUUUUGAUGAUAAGAGAUGAAAAUUGUGCGAACUAGCGCCAGGUUAGAAUUGGUGCUGCCUCUGCUGCAGUGCAGAUUGUAGAAUGUAUGUCAACUUUUUUACCUAGUUAAGUGAUUGGAAUAGGUUCUUGGGGUGGUUGGGGGGUUUAUGAUGUCCAUUUAGGGUGGGUGGGAUUAUGUAAAGGCCUAUUCUACUUUUUCGAUUCGAUUGAAAAGAAAAUGAAAAUAAACGAUUUGCUGUUUGUUUAAGGCCUUGUUUUUCAGAUUUUUUUUUGUAAAAUCAGAGGAAGUGAAGUCAAGAACUGAAUGAAUGUAAAGUAAUUCUUCAGAGGGAAAGGCCUGGUUACUGAUAAAGCAUUGCCUUCUGUUGAACAUAGAAAUAAAGUGUCAGUGAACGCAGUUAGUACCGAGAUGAAAAACUUUAAAAUUUGUUCAUUCUAUUAUCGGUUUUGACUUUUCUGUCCCUGAAACACCAACAUAAAUAGAUUUCGGAACUCUUUUGGCUUUCUUACGAAACUAAUAAGUUAUUCAAUAAAGUGUUUUUAUAUUCAGGGUCAGAUUAGGGGACUAAACUGUCAACAAAAAAUCUGUGUUCUUUUUAGCUAAGACCCAUUAGAGCUGUUAGCAACUGUUUAUUUUUUCAAAUCAGAGUUGGCUCAGAGAGUGUUCUAUGAGUUUAGAGUAAAAUGACCGAGCUAUAAGUGUUAAAAGCUGAGCUAGGGUAUUUUUACCUAAUUUGAAACGGGUAGAAUUUUGUUGGUUCUACUUUUGUGUUUUAUUUUCAGUUAAAUGCUCACAUGUGUUUGAUAAAUAAAUCGGAGCGCUCUAGUCGAACUCUGCUCCGAGCGUACACAAUAUGUAUUGCAGUAAAACACGAAUUUUAUCCCCGAAAUAAGAAAUAGUAAGCUUAAACUUUGCUUGUACCUCCUUUUUUAUAUUCUAAACAUUGUGUGAAAAGUCUCAUAAAACAUGUUGUCCGCGUCAAAAGUCAAGGACCGCCAAAGGUCGAGGCUUACAACUCGUGAACCGCUCUUUCGUGAUUAUCUCUGUUUCUAUAGCUACAUAAGUGUUAAAACCUUUACCAAAACUUUCAUUUAAGAGGUAGAAGGCAGGAAAUUUGAACCGCUCAGCAAAAUUUUGAAACUAAAUUAAAAGUGAAAAAAUGAAGCAUUGGAAAAAAUGUGUAAAUGAUGACUAUUAUCACACAAAAAUGGCAGGCACGUGAUUUAGAAUCCUAAUAAUAGGGCUGGGUGCUUCAAAAUGGAUUUCUUAUCCAAUGACAAAAAUGCUAUCAUUAGCUCCAAUUGAAUUAAUUAAAUUGAUGUAUUGUAAUUAUGGUCCAUUCUGUGGGUGCAGAUAAUAUGGGUUGCAAUGCUCAUUAGUUAUUAAGGACUUCGUUGGAGCACCAAGACCUAUUCCUGGGGUCUUAAAUCAACCCAAAAUAGAUACUAAAAAUACGCUAAUUGAAUGCUUUAGUUAUCAUCGGAGGAUUAGACAUCCUGUUAAACAUUUACACUUUAAAAAAAAAAAAAUAUUUUUUUUUAAAUUAACUUUUCACACAACAAUUUAUUUAAACAAAUUGCUGAGGAGUUCAAUUUCCCCCCCCCCCCCCUCUAUCCCUAAAACGCUGGAGGGUAUAAGACAAUAUGUAGAAAAUGUUAUGCUGAAUCUUUUGUUAAAUGUGUUAACAUCACUUUCGGCAAAUAAAUUGAGAUAAUCACAAUAAUGCCGACCUUUAGCGGUCUUUAACUUACGACGUAUUGUUUAACAAACCAAAAGAGAGGUAUAAGCAAAAUUUCAGCUUGUUCUCUUAAUAGAAGCUUGAACCUUUUUUCGUUAUAUUUUACUGGAGUAAUUCUCAAGUUCUACUAUGUGCUCUCCUCUUGGUUGAAAAAGAAAAACUCCUAAAAACAAUGCGUUUAGUGAUUUUUAUUUCAAGAGGGAUUCACAUCCAACUCACAAUUGGCGAAAGGAAAUCGAAAUCAAUAUUAGUCCCUAAGGUGCAGAGUGUCUACAUCGUGGAUUAAUAUGACGAAUAGUAUGAAAUGUCCAAUUUUUUCAGUAGAGUUUGAAAUUGGAACAAUCUAGUAAAAUAGUAAAUUCAGAGGAUAAAACAUAAAAUACACCCUUAAAAACUUGACCUGUAUAAAUACGUACCUUCCUUGAUUCUCAACUUCCAUACAAUAUUUCUGUUUAAAAGAAAUUCUUUGGAACCUUGAAGUUAUGUUGAUUUUAUUUGGAUAUUGGAAAAGACACAAAUCGUACUUGGCCUUAUCACAAACCCCUUCGUCGUUCGUGGAAACUCGUACUACAAAGGUCAAUAGAAAGUUAUCGAAACAAAAGGAUUUUUCUAAAACUUAGGUUUCGGUGUCAAUAUCUUAGCUACGACUGAAUUUAUGACAGUUUUGUAUUGCCAUUUUUAUUGCAUGUGACGUGAUGUGCAAUGCGUAAAAGUGUCAUGCCAGAGGUCUUCUUGGGUUUAAUCCUUACCUGUACCAUCUAAAUGCUUUUUUUCACAGACACUGCUGUUAACGAAAAUCUUCCAAGAGCAAUUCUUGUCAUGAAAAGUGCUUUCUUAAAUUAGACUUUCGGAUUCGGCAUAAAAACUGUGAGCUCGGUGUUUGUGGUAAGGCCACGAUAGUUUUUCUCGUGUAGUUUGGAAGAAUUAAAACAAUUCUAUGCAUUGCAAUUGCAAUUUACGUUGUAGUUUGAACACGUUAAAUAUAUCACUUUAGCAAAGCAAUUCAUUGACCUCGGGAGAUGUAACAUUUCUACAAUUCAAAUUCGGGAGAACGUUUAUAACCGUCGAUUUAUAUUCCAACUAAAGAUCGUCUUGCAUUUCCUGAUUCACUUUUCGCUGCAAAGUGAUCUCAGAUCUUCUUUUUAAUUACCAUAAUGCAUUUUUGUAUUUUGUAUGAACUCAAGAACUUCAGUCACUUUUUUAUAUCUGUGCUGUAGAACUCCCUCAAAGGACACAAGACAAAAAUGAAAAAAUAGUAAAACAAAUCCAAAAAUAUAUUAAAGGAAUUCUGUUUGUAAAUAAGAAAAACAUUUUAAUCGAAUUUCUCUGUUCAUUCAAAUUAUAUAAACACAAAAUUAUAGAAAUGUAAAAAUUAGCUUUUGCUGAAAAAUUUAAAAUAUUAAUAAUAAAUUAGAAACAAAUUCAACUAAAUUCAAAUUAAAACAAAAUAAAAAACAAGGAUAUCACAAUAUUGAAAAAGAAAACAUGCUUUAAACAAAACUAAAACAAAAAAGAAUAUUUAAAUAAAUAGAUUGCAACAUUUUGCAAGAAAAGAAUAAAUUAUUUAAAAAAAGCUUUCAAUCUGACUUUUCAAAACAAAUGCUUAAUAAAUAAAAACAAUGCUUAUUAAAUUUGUUUUUUUGUUGUUCGUUUGAUGUAAAUGUAGGUGAAAAUUUAUUUAAUUAAACAAAAAAAACUCUGCUUACAGUUAAUUAUUAUAUUGGGGGAGCAUUUGAUGUGAAAAAAGAAAAAUAAAAACAAAUAAAAUUUAGUUUUUAAGAAAUUGAAAGAAGCCUUUUUUAUAAAUAAAUAAAUAAAAAAAUAAAAAUCAAAAAAAAACUAACGUUAAAUGCUUAAUUUAUGUGUAAUUUUAGAAGAAAAAUAAAAUAAAAAAUAAAAAUGUAUUUUUUAUAUAAGAGUUCUGCUUUUUAUUCUAUUUAUUUAUUUUAUAAAUAAAUUAUAACAUUUUUAAACAAUGCUCCCUUUGAUGGUUUUCUUUUUGAAUUUUUAUUUUUUCUAUGGUGAUAAUGAAAUAAACAAAAACUAAAAAUAAAUUAUUAACUAUAUAAAGUGACUAUAAACAAAGUUAAAAGGCUCCAAAAAAAAGAAAUACAAAUAAUUUAAAUUCUCACAGAUCGACAUUUAUAAAAUAAAUCUUUUUCAUUGAGAUUAAAGCUUCAAAUAAAAUUAAAUUCUCACAACAAUCAAUUCAAUAAUAAAUAAAUAAAAUUAUAAAAUUAGCUUGGAUUUUUGUAAAGUGAGUCUCAAGUCACUCUCACUCUCAAUGUCAACAUAAACUUAAUAAAUAAAAGAAACAAAAAUAAUUAUGUAGAUUAUUUUCAUAUUAUUAUUUAUAAAUAAAUAAAACAAAACAAAUGUAUUUAUAUUAAUAAAAAUAAAUAUUUACACAACACCAUGAAUGGAAAUUAAUUUAAAAAUAUAUAAAGAA